UGGAGGAUAGAGCUGCCGCCGAUGGUUCGGAUGCACUGAGCUUUAAAUGUAAGCUUAUUUGAACGUUUCUCGAUGCUGUACGUUGUGUGUUCGUGUAAAAAACCCCUCCAUUGUUGGUGUUGAGCUUCUUGCCCGGGAUAAGACGGAUGUAUAGCGCUAUUUCGAACACGGGCAAUGGGUCAAAAGACCGGUCGGUCACGUGCAGACUAGAAAAAAGAUAUUUUUUCUCAAUCCUUUCCCUACCUUGUCACGAGAAAUGCAAAAAAACACAAUCAAUCAACCCAAAAAAAUUGAAUGAAGAGAUCCCACGAGCGAAGAAGAAAACUCCACCAGGAGAUUUGGACCAGAGGUAUAGUAAGGCAACGGGCCACUCAGGAAGCAGCACUGGAUUGCAAUGGGCGGGCUGCAGGCCGACCAAAGUGGAGACCAACUCAUCGUGUGAUAAACUGAUGGGUAGCAUUAUUAAUGCGCACCGUGAUGGAUGUGGAUUCAUGCCAAAAAUGAUGGUAACGGCUUCAAGUUCAAUCCCAAUCAGAUACCAGCGCAAUAGCCAGGAUCGGACCACCACCACCACCACCCCCUCUUACAGGUGCCGUCCCGUGCCCUGCAGGCGCAAGGAUCUGUGUGCAACACGGCCAGCCACGUCACGUCGCUACCAUGCUGAUCAACAACGGAGACAGCGCUAUAGUGUAAAAACAAACAGUCAAUGCGUAGACUGUCAAUCUGACCAUCAGCCGUUAAUCCAUGCUGGACAAGGAAACUACAACGAGGCCCCAGCGAGAACAGCCAGCCCUCCGCCGCAGGAGACACUAAGCAUGGUGGAUGACAUGGUGGUGAUCUUUCACAGUAUCUGUCGCGAGAGGGCGGAUGUUGACGAUCGACAGCAGUAUCUUGUUUCUUUUCUUUUCUUUUCUUUUUUUUUUCGCAGCGUCGCUCGCCCAGCAUAAUCUCCGUCCGAGACUCCGAAGAGAUCCGAGCAACGGUUGAGAGAUGGCGAUGGAACGAGAAUGAUCCCUAAAGCCGAAAUCAUAGAUCCAUAACAAAGCUAUGUGUAGAACAAAAAAAAUGGCUCAGUCUGUCAAGCAAAUCCUAAAAUGGAGAUGAGCC